AUGCGCCGUAGUACGUAUUUCUCCUCAGAACAAUCAUUUUUAAAUAAAGAAUCAAAAGUAUCAUGCUCGAAUGAAAUAAAACAGAGUAGAGAGGCUAUAGGGGGAAAGAUAUCUAAAGUCAACGACCCCUUUGAUUCCUCAGAAGUUUCAUCAACUGACCGUAUUUCUUCUUUGCUUAAUGAGUAUACACUCAAAAUAGGGAAUUCUCCCUCCACUGGAGGGGUCCGUCCAAUGUGUUCUUCUAGGGGUGUUCAAGGAUUCUUUCGUCGUCGUACUCCCCAACUUCAUGACGUGGACAAUGAGGGGGUGCAAUACCCAAUUUACACUGAUGAUAAAAAGUACACCUCAUCACAUGCCCCAUGCGGUAAAAUUAGCCAGGAUCAUGUGGGGCAACAGCAGAAGGGAGGACCAUCAGAAUUUCUUAAGAAACCCAUUUCGCAUCCUUUCGCAAGUGUUCUAGAUGAAAUAUCUGAAAUCAAUUCCCCGUUAGGGUGUUUAGAUUCAUCCUUGACUCCUUCUGAAGCCUCAUUUUUUUCACCACCGCAAACCUUUAUAGAGUCUGCUUUCUCGAUGGGUCUACAAGACGAAAGCGUCCAUGACGACGAUCCGAUUUUUUACCGCAAACCACCCGGAAGCACCCCCAAAGUCAAGAAACGCAGUAAAUCCCAGAAUCAUCUUCGUACGGUGCCGGUGGGAAUGAGGAAAGCACCUCUUCCCACACGAAGCCAACAAAAUCUAAAAGCCCCCACACGACAGAAGCUACCGGUAUCUUAUCAAGAAUGGGUUGAGGGUAUUGUGGACAUCGCCACGCAUGUGUGGAUGCCGCUUGGUUUUUUUGCCUUUCAGGGGGUUGAUUCCGAGCCCCUGACAGAUGUUAUGAAAGGCGAUAUGGUGGAAUCAACAAAGACAGUCCAUGAUUCUGAAAAAGCCAAAGGGUUUGUGAGCCUUAUCUGGGGUUUCUAUUCCCAUGCGAUUCCAGAAGAGACCUAUACCUAUACCGAGAUCACGUGGAUCUCCAACGGUCUGUGGCAACUACUUUUCAAUACCGUCUUAUAUUGUCUUUCUCUUCUUGAUUUAAAUCGAAGUUCUGCUCAUAAGAUGGAAAACGAUUCCAGGAUGGGUGCGCAUAGCCCAGGUCAACUCCCCCUUUUAGUGCCUGCGCCCCUGUCUUGGGCUAAGGCUACAUCACCUUCCCAGUUAGACAGUUCCAAAGGGUCAAGAGACAAUAUAGGGUGGCUGAAGAAAGAGAACCCUCCUUUGUCGAGUGGGUGGUCUUUAGGGAGCCAUAAAACCCCCAGUGUUGGGCCAAAAGUUCAGCCCUCACUUACGCAGGACUUCUACACCGAUGACCCUAUUCAUGAUUCGCUGAGCACACCUGAUUUGUAUACCAUCGAUGAGUCCUAUUCUGGGCGUUUGCGCGUUCCGUUAUCUGUGUUGGACUGGUGCUUGCUCUUGCGUUCUCUUGCUCAUAUGGGGUACACGCGAGAUGAAUUUUAUAUUCAAACCCCUACUCAGGCCUCACCACACGAAUUACUGCUCGUUAUGCUUUGGUUGACAAAUAAAUUUCAACUUAUUUCCGCUGUUGAGUAUGUUGAAAUAAACCGACAGUACCCUUUUCUCCUUCGCUAUCAUGCCACAAAGCGCGAUAAUGAGGAUAGCGUUUUUCAAGAUACGACGUCAUCUAUGAGUCAGGAACGGCUGCUAUUUUCCUUUUCCAAAUCAACAGUGUGGCCACCGGCGAGUUUUGAUGAAAGUGCGACGAUUGCCCACCGUCUACGUCAAAUCGAGCGAAUACUUGGUGUAGAAAGGUCCGAAACACGCAGCCCUUCGUUUGUAGCGCCGCAAAGACGGCAUUGCGCAGGAGGAGUAGGCAAGACCGUUCUUCGAAGAGUGCUCGCCGCGCAGAAUUUGAUCCAACUAUCUUUGAAUCGUUUGGAGAGCGCGCUCCAACAACGCAACGAGCAGGUUUCUGCACUGGGCCUGCAUAGUUAUUCGGAUGCGCAGCUAUGUACAUAUGAGCAUCAUAACCUUUACGUAAGGGUCAUUGAGGGACUUUACCACUUGUCGACGAUGGAAAAGCGUGUUUUACAGCGUAGCCAAAGCUUAUCUGCGGCAGGAUUUUUGUUGGCCUUUCUUAUAAAGCAACGAAACUUGCCCACUCAUACCUCCGACCUGGAUAUUGUUGAGUCAUUAGAGGGAGACGCCAUGACGUGGCUUGCGGAUGAAAAUGGCAACCAGCAAGACGGAUUGGAGGGGCAUGACACUACCACAACGAUGUCCGCCUUUGUAAGGUGUUCUGAGGCAGUAAAAAAAGACCAAAUACGUCGUGCCGCAUCCUGUCAAGUUUGUGUAGACGGCGAAGGCGGUCAAAAUACGGAACUACUGAGCCAUACAAUUUCACAGUUCCGUGCAGGACGCGUCAGGGAGCACCUUGGGAAUUUGUGGAAGUCUGCGGUACGAAGGGCAAAAAUUAGUGCUUUUCCGGGGGUUUCUGUCUCCGAUAGUAUAUCUUAUGACAGCUCAACCGUUUUGUUAUCAGAUGAAGCCAAGGAUCGGAUUGAGCUUUAUGUGAAGCAUCAUAUCAAUCGCCAUUACUCCCUUCACGCUACGCUCGCGGCCGAAUUACUUAUACUCCAGUACCAACAUCACCAGAACAUUCGCAGUCUGCAUGAUAUUAACACAGUAGGGGAUUCGUCCAAAAGCAGAAACGAAGCCUCAGGCUUGUCGCUUAAUGCUUCUUGGGUGUCCGCUAUACCAUUAUUCUUCACUACCACCACAUACAAACUUCCCGUGGAUUCUAAUGGGGAGGCGGUUUCAACAGGCAAAGACACCCCACUGGGAGACUGUGAUAUUCAGCUAGUGGAGAUUGGUGAGCCAAGGCCGGGAGCGACUACCUCAGCAACCGUUGAAUUGGAGCGCAUAUCACGAAUUCUUGAGGAAAUAAUCCAGAACUUUAAAAGGCAGCAAUCUUCGCAGAUUGAUUAUUGCGGAGAGUCCCUUAAUCAGCUCCGCCUGUAUUUCAACUUGCGAAUGCUCACUAAAGUCGCUCAAGGAUGA